AUGGCCUUGUACCGGUGCCGCGCGCAGAUCUUUACCGAUCUCCUCCAGGUGGGACGAUCUAUUACAAGGUCGUUGGCGACCGGCAGGACUUUGCUCUCGACCCGUCCACCAUCACCGGCAGCUGAUGCCGACAAGUACGUGGAAACCACGCAGGCUCGAGGGGUGAGGAGAAUAAUAUUGAGCCACCCGAGUACGAGAAAUUCCCUGUCCCUGGGAAUGAUGAGCGCGAUAAUGCACAAUUUGACCCACGACGGGGACAAUCCGGAGCUGCGGUCCGUCGUCAUACUCGCCGUGCCGGGCAGCGUAUUUUCAGCUGGACACAACCUCAAGGAGCUGAAAUCGAGCGACGGGGAGAGUCACCACCGCCGAGUCUUUGAAACUUGCGCCCAACUGAUGAAGGCGAUCGCGGAUUGUCCGGUACCAGUGAUCGCCGCGGUGGACGGCCUUGCUGCUGCCGCCGGCUGCCAACUGGUCGCCGCCUGCGACAUUGUCGUCGCCACGGAGCGCAGCAGUUUCUCCACUCCAGGGGCCAACUUUGGGAUAUUCUGCUCGACGCCGGGGAUUCCCCUGGUCCGCAACGUGCCGAAGAAAGUAGCGGCUCACAUGUUGUUUACUGGCCUGCCGAUAUCGGCCCACGAGGCACACCAGGCCGGACUGGUCAGCAAGCUGGUGUCGACCGACAGUCUAGAGCGAGAGGUGGACAAAAUCACAAACGCCAUAAGCGAAAAGAGCCGUUCGGUACUGCGUCUCGGCAAGAGGUUCGUCAAGGAGCAGCUCGAAGUCGACACGGACACCGCCUAUUCGCUGGGUACCGAGAUCAUGGUCAACAAUUUGAAGCUAAAGGAUGCCCAGGAGGGUAUAUCGAGCUUCUCCGAGAAGAGGAAACCAUCCUGGACUCACGGCUACGACGAAGACAAAUGACCCUUUUCCCAUGCACCCUUUUUCUCUCCGUUAUUUUAUUGUUGUUUUCAUACAUGUAUAUUGGGUUGUUACGCGUUAAAAUGUAUACGCAUAUAUGUGCUUGUAGGUAUAUUUUUAAAGUUACCUGUAUACAGGUAAU